ACAGUUGUAUGUAGGACACGCUCACCUCCUGUACCCUCGAGAGUGAAGGGAGAGUCGAAUCUUACGUGUCCGUGGAAGCUUGGGCGUUACAUCGUCCGGUACAGUCUUCCCCAGCCAUAGCAUCCCUCGGUGCUCACGGCAUUUGCAGCUGAGAUAAUUUUUCACUAUGGUGAUUGCUCCGGAAAAUGCCUCUUUGACGCCGAUAGAUCAGGUGCUCAGGGACGUACCCUGCGGUGGCCCUCUGAGUGAAUAUCGGAAGAAGGCUUCCUUCGACUGGAAACGCUUGAAAGUACUGCUUGAAAGUGAAGCAAUCGUACGUUUGAAGGCGAAAGUAUACGAUCGUCUCGAGCAAGAUCCGCUGUUCACGAAGACGCCGGGAGAGGAUCGCAGCGAUCUGCUCGAGAAACGGCGCAAAACUUUCAUGCAGUUGAAGCGCCUCGUAGAAUAUCGUUUCUUCACCGAAGAGGAGUUCUUCGAAAACCCUACCCUGUCAGCCGCUCUGAAUAACUGCAUUGGAUCGCUGGAUUGGUCGCUAUGCUUGAAAAAAGUCCUGGCCUUCGACAUGUGUAUCGGUGCCGUGCGCGGCCUCGGAACUCAGCGACACUUUGCAUUCGUUGAGGACCUCAUGAAAUUCGGAGCCAUUGGAUGCUUCGCACUGACCGAGCUCAGCCAUGGCACAAACACCCGAGCGAUGAGAACUGAGGCCCGAUACGAUGCGGAAACGGCGGAGUUCGUCCUCCACACUCCAGAUAUCGAGGCUGCGAAAGUUUGGUCCGGGAACCUCGGACAGACCGCCACGGACGCCAUCGUUUUCGCCCAGCUCUACACUGCCGACAAGGUUUGUCACGGACUCCACGGAUUUCUCGUGCCCAUUAGGGACCGGAAGACUCUGGUGGCGUUCCCAGGAGUCACUGUCGGAGACAUGGGACCAAAGAUAGGCCUGAACGGAGUCGACAAUGGCUUCGUAAUGUUCGAUCGGUAUCGCAUCGCUCGGGAGUGCCUCCUCAACCGUACCGGAGACGUCACCAAGGACGGUGAAUACGUCUCGGCUGUGAAAAACUCCUCUAAAAGAUUCGGAAUGACUCUGGGAUCGCUCUCGAUGGGACGCGUGGCAAUCGUCGGCAUGAGCACCAGCAACCUCAUCAAAGCCGCGGUCAUAGCGACGAGGUACUCGGCCGUCCGGAGACAGUUCGGCGUCGAAAACUCCAAAGACGAGCUGCCGGUUUUGGAAUAUCAACUGCAACAAUGGCGUGUCAUGCCGUAUCUAUGCGCGGCGGUCAUCAUGGACUACUACGCUUUGGCACUGAAUAGGGAGUUUAUAAAUUUCCAUAUUAGCUCGCUCUUCGGGGAACGCUCUGCUGGUCGAACAGAACGAGGUGUCGAGCUACAUAUUGUAUCGUGUGCCGCCAAGUGCUUCACUUCGUGGCUGGCGCGAGAUGCAUUGCAGAUGGCUCGUGAGGCCUGCGGAGGGCACGGUUAUUUGGAGGCCGCUGGCAUAGGAGAAACCAAGAACGACCAUGACGCUAAUUGCACAUACGAAGGAGACAACAAUGUGCUCUUGCAACAGACCAGCAACGUAAUUCUCGCGUCGGUCGACGGCUCGAAAAGCUCGCUCCUCGAAAUGCCGUCAUUACAGUUCUUGAAGGACCGGAAACAAAUCCUCGCGCAGUCGCGCUCGAGACCAAGCACGGCUGACUUCUCAGUCAAGGAAGUCAUAGAAAUGUAUCAAUGGCUGAUUUGCAGCCUUUUGGAGCGAUGGCAGAAAGCGUUGAAGCUCGCUGAAGAUGGAAGAGACCCGUUCCAUGCGAAGAACAACACGCAGGUUUUCUUAGCCAGAGAGCUAUCCUUGGCCUUCAUUGAGAUGGUCAUCAUCGAACGAUUCGAUCAGAUGGCGGAGGAAUCGCCUACAGAGCAUGUACCCAGAGAGCUUCUCACGAAAAUCACCCUCUUAUUCGCUCUUUGGUCGAUCGAGAAACGUUCGAGCGACCUGUUUUUCGGUGGACCCGAACUGAGCUCAUCGAUACGCCGCCAACUCCUGGAUCUUUGCGCGCAGCUCAGACACGAGGCGGUCGCGCUGGCUGACGCGAUUGCCCCACCGGAUUUCGCUUUGAAUUCUGUACUGGGUCAUUCUGAUGGUUUAGUUUACAAACGUUUGAUGCUGAGUUUUUCGCAAGGAAAUAGUACUGGACGCGUCGACUGGUGGACCGAGUUCCUGAACAAACCUCGCGUGGCCUCGAGACUGUGAAAUCGUCGAAUGCAUCCGGCCCGCUCCCAGAAUUUGCCCGUUGUAUGUAUAGUUAUACUAAUACGUUCAUUUAUGUCAUCAUAGUGUAUUUGUUUCAAUGAUAAAAUAACAUGCUCGACUCAUGAUCGAGGGUGGAAAGCUUGUUCGAGAUAU